AUGAUAAGUCUUCAACUUUAUACAGAUGAAUUAACACAGCAAAAUUCAUCGAAAGAUAAAAUGUUAACACAUACUAAAUGUCAUUUUGAUUGUGCUAGAAUUCUUCUUUCGUCUAUUGAUGAUUUAGCUAAAAUAGAUAUUACUGAUAUCGUAGUACUUGAUAUACUUCGUCAAAGUCGAAUACAACAUAUGAUACUUAUUGUUCGACGUAGACGAAUCCAAAUAUUAUCAUUUACUAUAAAAGAAUUUCGUGAACUUACUACAUUAACUGGUUUACAAUCAAUAUGA